AUGCCCGUCUCACUUUCCGGCCUAUUCGGUGACGCCGUUAAUUCCGUCGCCACUAGGUUUCGGGAAGCCAGGCUAUAUAAACAGGCCUUCGGGAAGUUUCUCCCACGCCGUGCUCAAGAGUUGGGUCUGUCAGCCAUCCAGUCUCGACCAGAUCUGAUUCUUGCCAGGCGGGAGGCGCAGAAGGAAAGCGUCAGCAGCCGGGCACCCCCCCGUAAGGACUGGGAUGGCUCUAACAUACGACUGGCUGGUGGCAGUAACUCCUGCUCUGGUAGAGUGGAAGUCUAUCAUAAUAACCAGUGGGGAACAGUGUGUGAUGAUGACUGGGACAUGAAUGAUGCACAGGUGGUGUGUAGACAGCUUGGAUGUGGUAAUGCUGUCAGUGCAAAUAAAAAUGCCACCUUUGGUCAGGGUAGUGGCCCAAUAUGGAUGGAUGAUGUUUACUGUACCGGAAGUCAAAGCACCAUCACACAGUGCACUCAUAAUGGAUUUGGAAAACACAACUGUAACCAUGGUGAAGAUGCUGGUGUUACUUGCUCAGAUGGCGCUAACAUACGACUCGUUGGUGGCAGUAACCCCUGCUCUGGUAGAGUGGAAGUCUAUUAUAAUAACCAGUGGGGAACAGUGUGUGAUGAUGACUGGGACAUAAAUGAUGCACAGGUGGUGUGUAGACAGCUUGGAUGUGGUAAUGCUGUCAGCGCUCAUCUAGUUGCCACCAUUAGUCGGGGAAGUGGCCCAAUAUGGAUGGAUAAUGUUCACUGUUCUGGAAGUGAAAGCAACAUCACACAGUGCUCUCAUAAUGGAUUUGGAAAACACAACUGUAACCAUGGUGAAGAUGCUGGUGUUACUUGCUCAGAUGGAGGUAACAUACGACUGGCUGGUGGCAGUAACUCCUGCUCUGGUAGAGUGGAGAUCUAUUAUAAUAACCAGUGGGGAACAGUGUGUGAUGAUUCCUGGGACAUGAGUGAUGCACAGGUGGUGUGUAGAGAGCUUGGAUGUGGUAAUGCUGUCAGCGCUAAUAAAAAUGCCACCUUUGGUCAGGGAAGUGGCCCAAUAUGGAUGGAUGAUGUUCACUGUUCUGGAAGUGAAAGCUCCAUCACACAGUGCUCUCAUAGGGGAUUCGGAUCACAUAACUGUAACCAUGGUGAAGAUACUGGUGUUACUUGCUCAGAUGGCGCUAACAUACGACUCGUUGGUGGCAGUGACUCCUGCUCUGGUAGAGUGGAAGUCUAUUAUAAUAACCAGUGGGGAACAGUGUGUGAUGAUGACUGGGACAUGAAUGAUGCACAGGUGGUGUGUAGACAGCUUGGAUGUGGUAAUGCUGUCAGUGCAAAUAAAAAUGCCACCUUUGGUCAGGGAAGUGGCCCAAUAUGGAUGGAUGAUGUUUACUGUACCGGAAGUCAAAGCACCAUCACACAGUGCACUCAUAAUGGAUUUGGAAAACACAACUGUAACCAUGGUGAAGAUGCUGGUGUUACUUGCUCAGAUGGCGCUAACAUACGACUCGUUGGUGGCAGUAACCCCUGCUCUGGUAGAGUGGAGAUCUAUUAUAAUAACCAGUGGGGAACAGUGUGUGAUGAUGACUGGGACAUAAAUGAUGCACAGGUGGUGUGUAGACAGCUUGGAUGUGGUAAUGCUGUCAGCGCUCAUCUAGUUGCCACCAUUAGUCGGGGAAGUGGCCCAAUAUGGAUGGAUAAUGUUCACUGUUCUGGAAGUGAAAGCAACAUCACACAGUGCUCUCAUAAUGGAUUUGGAAAACACAACUGUAACCAUGUUGAAGAUGCUGGUGUUACUUGUGCAGAUGGCAUUAACAUACGACUCGUUGGUGGCAGUGACUCCUGCUCUGGUAGAGUGGAAGUCUAUUAUAAUAACCAGUGGGGAACAGUGUGUCAUGAUUCCUGGGACAUGAAUGAUGCACAGGUGGUGUGUAGACAGCUUGGAUGUGGCAAUGCUGUCAGGGCAAAUCUAGGUGCCACCUUUGGUCAGGGACGUGGCCCAAUAUGGAUGGAUAAUGUUCACUGUUCUGGAAGUGAAAGCAACAUCACACAGUGCUCUCAUAGCAGAUUUGGAAUACACAACUGUAACCAUGGUGAAGAUGCUGGUGUUACUUGUGCAGGUACAAUAAAACAAAUACGACUCGUUGGUGGCAUGAACUCCUGCUCUGGUAGAGUGGAAGUCUAUUAUAAUAACACGUGGGGAACAGUGUGUGAUGAUGACUGGGACAUGACUGAUGCACAGGUGGUGUGUAGACAGCGUGGAUGUGGUAAUGCUGUGAGUGCAAAUCUAGGUGCCACCUUUGGUCAGGGAAGUGGCCCAAUAUGGAUGGAUGAUGUUCGCUGUUUUGGAAGUGAAAGCUCCAUCACACAGUGCUCUCAUAGGGGAUUUGGAACACACAACUGUAACCAUGGUGAAGAUGCUGGUGUUACUUGCUCAGGUACAAUAGAAAUUCUUAAAUUAUAUGGUGCUAACAUACGACUCGUUGGUGGCAGUAACCCCUGCUCUGGUAGAGUGGAAGUCUAUUAUAAUAACCAGUGGGGAACAGUGUGUGAUGAUGACUGGGGCAUGAGUGAUGCACAGGUGGUGUGUAGACAGCUUGGAUGUGGUGAUGCUGUCAGAGCUCAUCCAAGUGCCGCCUUUGGUCCGGGACGUGGCCCAAUAUGGAUGGAUGAUGUUCGCUGUUCCGGAAGAGAAAGCAACAUCACACAGUGCUCUCAUAGGGGAUUUGGAACACACAACUGUAACCAUGGUGAAGAUGCUGGUGUUACUUGCUCAGGUACAAUAAAAAAAAUGAUACGACUCGUUGGUGGCAGUAACUCCUGCUCUGGUAGAGUGGAAGUCUAUUAUAAUAACCAGUGGGGAACAGUGUGUCAUAAUUACUGGGACAUGAGUGAUGCACGGGUGGUGUGUAAACAGCUUGGAUGUGGUAAUGCUGUCAGCGCUCAUAAAAGGGCUUACUUUGGUCAGGGAAGUGGACGAAUAUGGAUGGAUGAUGUUCACUGUUUUGGAGGAGAAAGCAGCAUCACACAGUGCACUCAUAGUGGAUUUGGAACACACAACUGUAACCAUGGUGAAGAUGCUGGUGUUACUUGCUCAGAUGGCGCUAACAUACGACUCGUUGGUGGCAGAAACUCCUGCUCUGGUAGAGUGGAAGUCUAUUAUAAUAACCAGUGGGGAACAGUGUGUGAUGAUGACUGGGGCAUGAGUGAUGCACAGGUGGUGUGUAGACAGCUUGGAUGUGGUAAUGCUGUCAGAGCUCAUCAAAGUGCCGACUUUGGUCAGGGACGUGGCCCAAUAUGGAUGGAUGAUGUUCGCUGUUCCGGAAGUGAAAGCAACAUCACACAGUGCUCUCAUAAUGAAUUUGGAAAACACAACUGUAACCAUGGUGAAGAUGCUGGUGUUACUUGCUCAGAUGGCAUUAACAUACGACUCGUUGGUGGCAGAAACUCCUGCUCUGGUAGAGUGGAAGUCUAUUAUAAUAACCAGUGGGGAACAGUGUGUCAUAAUCACUGGGACAUAAGUGAUGCACAGGUGGUGUGUAGAGAGCUUGGAUGUGGUAAUGCUGACAGAGCUUAUCAAAGGGCUUACUUUGGUCCGGGAAGUGGCCCAAUAUGGAUGGAUGAUGUUCGCUGUUCUGGAAGAGAAAGCAGCAUCACACGGUGCACUCAUAAUGGAUUUGGAACACAUGACUGUAACCAUGGUGAAGAUGCUGGUGUUACUUGCUCAGGAGUGUAA